GUCGCAGGGAUGGGAUUUAGUUUCACAACGCAUCGCACAUCAGAUUUUUACUUGUUUUGCGAAUUAUUCUAUAAAAAGAAUUUUAAUAAGCGUGGUGGCCACAGCACAAAUAGCCCAUCAAUAAGAAAAUGUACUUCAAUCUCAAAGUGACAAUUUGUGUUGGUUUCAUUAUAUCCAUUUUUAUCCAUGUACAUGUUGCCUUUUCCACAAGGACCUCAAAAAAGCUUCCAAAUAUAAUAAUCAUUGUAGCAGAUGAUUUGGGAUGGAAUGAUAUCAGUUUUCACGGCUCGUUACAAAUUCCAACUCCCAACAUAGAUGCGCUUGCAACUAAUGGAAUCAUAUUAAACAACUAUUAUGUGUCCCCAAUAUGUACUCCUUCUAGAGGUGCACUUAUGUCUGGGCUAUAUCCUAUUCAUACAGGUCUUCAGCAUCGCAACAUUGCUGCAUCACAUCCUUUUGGGUUGCCCUUAAACCUGGUUCUUCUACCUGAGCACUUGAAAACCUUUGGUUAUGCCACACAUGCUGUUGGAAAGUGGCAUCUUGGAUUCUUCAAAAAAGAGUAUACUCCAACAUAUCGGGGAUUUGAUUCUCAUUUUGGCUAUUGGUCAGGUCAUGAAGAUUACUAUGAUCACACUGCAGUGGAGGGGAAUGACUGGGGGCUGGACUUAAGACACAAUUUGAGUUUAGUAACUGAUGCAUUGGGCAAGUAUGCUACAGAGCUUUUUACUGAUCAUGCUGUAGAAAUUAUACAAAAGCAUAACAAGUCACGGCCCUUGUUCCUGUAUCUGGCUCAUCUAGCAGUCCACAGUGCUAACCCUUAUAACCCUCUUGAAGCUCCUAGCAAAUAUAUAAAAAGAUUCCCACACAUUGAGGAUAAAAACAGAAGAAUAUUUGCAGGAAUGGUGUCAGCACUAGAUGAUUCUGUUGGCAGAGUCAUCGAUUCCUUGAGGCACCAAGGAAUGCUGCAGAAUAGCAUUAUUGUCUUCACCACUGAUAAUGGUGGACCAGCUGCAGGUUUUAAUCAGAAUGCUGCUUCAAAUUGGCCACUUCGAGGUGUAAAGUUUACAUUAUGGGAAGGAGGAAUAAGGGGUGCUGCUUUCAUCUGGAGUCCCCUUCUUCGUAAGAAGGGAAUAGUUUCAACCCAGAUGAUGCAUAUUUGUGAUUGGCUUCCAACUCUUUAUUAUGCUGCAGGUGGUAAUCCUGCAGACCUCGGACCUGUUGAUGGAUACAACAUGUGGAAAGUGCUCUCUAACAACAGUCCUUCUCCAAGAAAAGAAAUUCUUCACAAUAUUGAUCCUGUGUUUGAUGUUGGUGCUCUGAGAGUAGAAGAUUACAAGAUUAUUUAUGGUACAGGAAAUUCCCAAGAUGAAUGGGAUGGAUGGUAUGGCCCAUCAGGAAGGGAACCCCAUUCUUUAAUUUCGACCAAACGCUACUUUAAAGAAACACUUAAGAAAGAGAAAGUGCUUUUUGAUAAAUCAAAAAUGUGUAAAAGCAAAUUUCACAGUCCAGCAGAAGUUAUAUGUGGACCAAAACCAGCCAAUGCUUCCCAAAACUGUCAAUUACAUAAAGCACCCUGUCUCUUCAACAUUGCUGAAGAUCCUUGUGAAUAUCGCAAUUUAGCAAACCAGAAGCCACAGGUCAUGAAGAGACUACUGCAGCGGCUUGCAGAGUACAAAGCUACUGCCGUUCCUCCAAGAAACAAACCCAAGGACCCGCGGUCUUUUCCCUUAUUUCAUGGGUACUCAUGGACAAAUUGGAUGGAUGAUAAAAUAGCAUAAGCAUAUUCUGAAGAGGUUCUGUGUAGCAGCUGCUGUCACCUUGUCAAAGCUGUGCAACUUUCUUUACUCUUUUAUUUUAUAUUAACAUAAUGCACCCACUUCUGUGUGAUUUCUAAUGCUAAAUAUUUGUUUCAAAUAAAUUAAAAAUACACAGAUUUCUGUCUUCAAACCAAUUUGACUGUCAAUUUGUUUCAUUCGCUUAAA